GCCAAUCCCUGGACUACACAGCGGCAGAUUUGGAUACUGGAUACUGGAGUUUGGUUAACACCAACCUUUUACCAGCUCCUCGGCAUCGCCGCCCAGACGCGCCAUGGCGUCACCCCGAGUGGCGGAAGCUCUGGGGCGGGCUCGGACGGCGAGCCCGGCGAUUGCCGAGUACCAACAGCUCAUCCCCAACAUCAAGUCGCUUUCCACGCCAUCCAGUCUGGCUGACGACUUCAACGCCGUCUUUGAUGCCAUCCUUGCCGACGGCCUCGGCGUCAUCCACACGCGCACCCUCCUCAACGACCUGAUCGCCAGCCUCCGGACCGUCGAAAACCGCGACGUCCAGAUCGAUGUCGGCCUGCACGCGUUGCGCGUGAUCCCCACCGCGCCCCAAUCCUCCUCGCUCGUCGAGCAGUCGGCCGCCCUGCGCGAGCUUAUCGCUGGCGCCUACGAGGCCAACGAGGACUUCCUCGCUGCGGCCAAGGUGCUCGCCGAGAUCCCGCUCGACAGCUCGCAGCGGCGGGUGCCCGACGCCGACAAGGCGGCCGUGUGGAUUCGCAUCGUGCGCAACUACCUCGAGGUCGACGACAGCACGUCGGCCGAGACGUACCUCAACAAGCUCAAGAACGUGAUGCACACGGUCGACGACGCCGAGCUGAACCUGCAUUUCCGCCUGAGCGCCGCCCGCAUCCAGGACUCGAACCGCCAGUUCCUGCAGGCCGCCAAGAGCUACCACGACAUCAGCUUCUCGCCCGCCAUCGCCGAGGAGGAGCGCCUGCACACCCUCGCCAUGGCCAUCAAGUGCGCCGUGCUGGCCCCCGCCGGCCCGCUGCGCAGCCGCACCCUGGGCCAGCUGUACAAGGACGAGCGGUCCGCCGGGCUCGAGGAGCACGGCAUUCUCGAGAAGAUGUUCUUCGACCGCCUGCUGAGCGCCGCCGAGGUCGAGAAGUUCGCCCAGGGGCUCGCCCCGCACCAGCUGGCCACCACGUCCGACGGCUCGACCGUGCUGGCCCGCGCCGUGGUCGAGCACAACCUGCUGAGCGCGAGCCGGUUGUACAGCAACAUCGGCUUCGACGAGCUGGGCCUGCUGCUCGGCCUGGACGGCGACAAGGCCGAGGACACGACGGCCAAGAUGAUCGAGCAGGGCCGGCUGGCCGGGUCGAUCGACCAGAUCGACAGGAUUAUCUGGUUCGAGGGCGGCGAGGCGUCGGGCGAGAAGGGCAGCGGCCGAGCCGAGGUGCCCGUGGGCAAGGAGAUGCGGCGGUGGGAUAGCAAUGUGCAGGCCCUGGCUGAGGAUUUGGAGCGGCUUACCGAUGCGCUGCAAGCCGAGUUCCCCGAGUUUGUGGCGGCCCAGAUUGCGGUAUGAGAGUGAGAUUUGGGCGAUAUCGGAUGACGGGAUGUAUGGAGCAAUACCCGCUGAGAUGGGUAACGCUACCUCACGGAGACCAAACCAACAUUGGUGGCGUCUAGAAGCAUAGAUCCAUUAAUCAUGACCCACAAAGAUGCACAACCAAUUGCUUCCCAAUCAUUCCCAGGUCCAUUUGCGCUCAAAUACCAUCCCAAGUCAUAAACCUCC